AUGGCUGUUCCACACGGACGAGGUGCAAUUAUCGCUUUCAGCGUGGACGGAAAGAUGCUCCAAGCUGUGCCAGGAAAGAGUAUCAAAGAGCACAGCGUUGAGGAGCUGUUAGGGCAUCAUGCAGGGCAAUGGCAGGAGAGCCUGCAAGCGUUUCCUGGACCCUUUGGGCGUGUAGAGAGCUCGACGACUGAUGUGCUCCUCCGGCACUUGGAGAGCAUGGCCCUGUCUUUUGACAAGGGUGAAGUUGGGUGCAGCACGCUGGAGUCCGCAACCGGAUUCCCGCAUUCCGCUGCGAUUGCCUCUCGCUUUCUUGCCUGUCUCGUCAAAGCCGGCGGAAAAGUGCAGAGCGAUGAGUUCUGGCAGCUCUUCACGCCGGUCCUUGCUUCUAGGGCAUCGUCGCUGAGAGAGGCGGGUGAUCUCUCCCCAAUGCAAAGGAUAUGCGCUCGGCUCUGCAAGGGCGAGGUCUCUGGGGCGCUCGAGGACGCUGGCAAAGCUGGGCUUUGGUCACACGCGAUGGCGAUUUCGCGGCUUGUCGACCCGCCGUCUUUCGAUACAGUUCUCCUUCGUUUCUCCGAAGCUGCCAGCGCUGGCAGCAAUGAAGUUUCACCAGGCCUGUCUGCUCAAGAGUUACAGGAUCCUGCCGUUCUCGCACUUCUCCUGCUUUACGAAACCAUGGCGAAAGGAGGUCAGCCUGACAUCUCCGACAAAGCAAUGGCCGGAUGGCCCGCGAUUGCUGCCAUGUUUUCCUUGCUGCUGCGGCCGUGCGAGCAUCGAAACGAUGCGGUAAAGUUCAUCGAGAUCCUGGCUUCAAGGCUCGCAAGUGCUGGAGAUGUCUUCGCAGCCCAUGUGUGCUACCUCAUGACCGGUGAGAGAACCCUGGAAGCUGUUGAUGCUCCAUCCAGCAUGGUGUGCAUACUGGGCGUGGAGCACCGCAGCCCGAAGAACUUCGCUCGCCUCCUCGACCCGCUGGCGCUGCAGAUGUCCGAGGCAUACGAGUAUGCCAUUCGAUGCGGAGAUGCAGACGCGCUCUGUCCUACCAUACAGCCCUUCAAGCUGGCACACGCCAUGCUGCUUGCUGAUGUGGGCCUCGUCGACAAAGCUCGACGCUACAUGACUUUGCUUCAGGCUUUUGUAAAGGCCGUCCCGCAGAAUCGGCUCUCUGAUGCAUUCAGAUCGAGCAUGCGUGAAUUCCACGAGGUCUUGAAUCCCAGCUUGGCUGGUCAGGCAGCAGAUGCCCCAAGGGUCGGCAAGGUUUUCAAGGACCUUGUUCGUAACUUUGCCGAGACGACGGGCUUGGCGGUCAAGCCGACUCCUCCACCAGCUUUGCCAGCAGACGAGCCAGACAGCAGCCUGCAGCCAGCUGCGCAGCCGUUGCUGCAGCCUGCGGGCACUUCUCCAUCAUCCAGUUUUCCACCCAUGCAGCCUUUCCAGCCACUGCCUGCUCAGCCACCGCAGACGCCAUCACAACCUGUACCCACCCCGCCACCCGCUACUCAAUUUUCGUCUCCUCCUCAAGCCACCACAGGCCCCUUCUCCAAUCCAGCUUACCCGACGCCACCGAUGAACUCCGGCUUCGGCGCUUCCCCGUUCCCGCCGUCCCCGCAGCCGCAGCAGCCCAGCGCUGGCAUGCAGGUUCCGCCAAGCUCGCAGCCUUUCGCCGGUAGUGUGCCGUUUGGUGGUGCCGGUCAACUGCCCGGAGGUGGCAUGGGGGACGGCUUUGCUCCACCAAACCCCUUACAGCCUUUCUCAAGUGGCACGGGAGGCGGCUUCGGGCAGCCGGACGGUGGGAGCAUGCAGGACAGAGCGAAGCCACCGGAACGUAUGGACUAUGCCGAUACGCUGGAAAACGACCCCUUGAUCAAUGCUGGCAAGGCGGUGUUCGGCUUUGGCAAGUCCCUUUUUUCGGCUGCAAUGAACAGAACGCAGGGCGACAACAGAAAUAGUCCGGAAAAGGAGGAGAAGAAGGAGCAAGGGUUCUACUACGACAAAGAUAAAGGUCGGUGGAUGCAGCAUGGUGUGGAGGACAAAGACCAGGCCAACAUAUCGGAGUACGACCCUCUGACGGGCAAGAAGCUGCUCCCCAAGGUUUCAGAUAUACCGCCUCCACCGUCAAUGGGCGGCAUCGGAGCUCCUCCCAUGGUCGGUCCACCACCAAUGGGCGUCUCACCGCCCAUGGGUGGUCCACCACCAAUGGGCGUCUCACCGCCCAUGGGUCCACCGCCGAGCGGGGGUCCACCUCCGGCUGGGCCGCCAAUGGGUGGGCCGCCAAUGGGCGGGCCACCGCCGAUGGGCGCGCCUCCGCCGAUGGGCGGGCCACCGACUCCAGCAGCAGGCAACCCUUACGCUGCCGGAGCUUUUCAAAGAAAUGCCGGUGCAUCGGCCCUCUACGCCCAGCCGGCCAGUUUGAUCAUCUGGCGCUUCGGAAAGCCGGGAAGCGUGGCAG